AUUCACGACCUAAAACUUGUACCAUGAGUAUUUAAACAACAUCCUAGAUCAACCGAACUACUUGUUUAAUUUCUCUUCCGGAAAGAAACAUCUGACACCACAGCUACCAAAAGUGAGAGGCCUUCAGUAAACAAGCUCUUAGUUUGUAAAAUCAAGAUGUAUGUGACCAAGAAGUUAACAAGUUAUCUGGGCUAUUUAGAGGAACUUGUUACACCUGUUGUUUUAAAGAGAAGAGCUCUGGGGGAAAUGUAACCAUAUACUGGACUUCUGGUGACCAUGUCAGUCAGAGGACCCAGGGGUGAAGACACUGUGGACAGCAGACAAGUUAAUGCCAAUCAGGGUUCAUAUCUCACAGAUGAUGGAGUUGAUCAGAUAGAUGGCAACCCAAAUUCAGAUGUUUUUCAAUACGAUAUGAACUAUCCCAGUCUGGGACAAUGUGUCGUCAUCAACAACAACAUUUUCCAUGAAAAAACACAAAUGAGAGUUCGUAAUGGGACAGAAAAAGAUGAACAGAAUGUGAAAGAGACUUUCUCAAAGCUGGGCUUCAAAAUCAAAAUUCACAAUGAUCAGACAGUAUCACAGAUGAGAGAAUUGUUAACUAAAGUGUCUAAGGAAGAUCACAGUAAAUCGGCCAUGUUUGCGUGUGUGUUGCUGAGUCAUGGAGAAGAUGGAAGGAUAUUUGGCACAGAUGGCUGUAUUGAGCUGAAGGAACUGUUUGCGCUCUUCAGAGGAGACCGCUGCAGAUCACUGGUGGGGAAACCCAAGCUUUUCUUCAUUCAGGCUUGCCGAGGCUCAGGUCUGGAUGCUGGCGUUGAGUCCGACUAUGACACUGAAGAGGAAACACAGAAAAUUCCUGUUGAGGCAGAUUUUUUGUAUGUCUACGCCACUGCACCAGGUUAUUACGCCUGGAGGGACUCUGCUAAUGGCUCCUGGUUCAUCAUCUCAUUGUGUGAGAUGCUGUCAAAAUACGGCAAGCGACUGGAGGUCAUGCAGAUCAUGACACGUGUCAACUACAAGGUGGCGCGGAAAUUUACAUCCUCCUCCUUUUUUUCACGGCUUGAUGGCAAGAAACAGAUACCGUGUAUUGCAUAUAUGCUGACCAAAGAACUCUAUUUCUCUAAAUAAUUCAUGUGUAUUUUACUGAUUAUGUUGCAGUGGGAUACAAACACUUUUAAAUCAUAUAAAAAAACAAUACUAUGUAGCCAUUUAAAGCACUGUAGACUGCAGUCAAAACGGGCAGGGAUAUAAAGAGAAUUUAUAAUUAAUCAUGAAUAUUUGAAAUUAUCUGUAUUUUUCAUAUUGGUGUGUGAUAUGUUUACAGUGCUGGAUUUGACAAAUAUAUUUCUUUUAUGAUCUUUAAGCUGGGUCAAACAUUGAUUGUGGUUUGUCCUGCUGGUGUUGGUAUUUAAUCUGUGAAAAGGAUUGACGUGAGUAUAAGUGACUAUAUGUUUGUUACAUAUGAAAUUAAUGUUAUGUUUUCCCGAUCUUUGUCUGAACAUAGCAUUACAUUUUGUAAUAUCAAGCAUAUGGACUUCUAUGCUCUAAUAUUAAUUUGCCCUGUUUAGUAAAUCUGGCCCUAGGACUUUUAAUAAACUUCUUAAACUAGC